CCCAUAUUUAUAAAGAGGAGUAGUAUGAUAUUUUCCUACAACUACAGGUGUAUGAAAAAAACUAUUCGUGUAUAAAGAAGCAUAAACCUUACAAUAUAUAAUCGAGGAUGAAUUCCCUUCGUUCGGUUUCAGCAGCGAUUGUCUAUACACAAUGCGACCCAAUUCGCAAACCCCUUUCCUUCUACAAAGCCAAAACCAAACCUCACAAUCUCAGUUGCUCCUUUCGCCACCCUUCUAAUAAGCUCAGAGUUUCAGCCCUCAAAAGCGACCCCCCCGAGUCGCAUCACACUCGUAACUUUGCCGAUGACGAAAGAGCAGAGAAACUCCCAUUGCGUCAAAAAGAUGCAAAUUUUGAUUCGGGAUGGUUGCCUGCUUUUCCCCACGUUCUUGUUGCUUCCAUGUCCAAUUUUAUAUUUGGGUAUCACAUUGGAGUCAUGAAUGGUCCUAUUGUUUCCAUUGCUCGGGAGCUUGGUUUUGAAGGAAACUCUUUGAUCGAGGGACUCGUGGUCAGUAUAUUUAUUGCUGGUGCAUUUAUAGGGAGCAUAAGUUCUGGUUCGUUGGUGGAUAGACUUGGUUGUCGGCUCACAUUUCAGAUUGAUAGCAUACCCUUAAUCCUUGGGGCAAUAAUAAGUUUUCUCAGGUUCACAUUGUUCUAGUGCUGCCUCUGGCAAGAGGUUUUGGCAGGGUUUGGAUCACGCUGCACUAAUAUAUCCAACCAUCAAAUGCUGACAUGAAAAACCCAUCCACGUGCCUUCACAUGCAUCUUCUGUCCCGUUCCAAAUGUAACUCUGAUCAGUGUGUAGCUGUGCGUGCAACACUUGACAACUGACCAACCUACAUUCGGGCCGCCUCCUCCAUGCGUUUCUACCCAUUUCAUGGUGGCUCCAUAAGAGUUUGUUUGACAGUCUGAUAUGCUUUUCUCUCUCGGAUUAUUUUGUUAAUAUUAUUUUUCUAGAUCUAAAAAAACUGUCUUCCAACAUUAUAUUAAUAUCUUGAACAAAGUAAGGUCACAUCACUCAAGAUAUCAAGCAAACCAUGAAAUCACAUAUAAAGGGGUAUUAUUGCUAAUGAUCACACAUCAUGCAACAAUCAUAUUCUUUGAAGUCUAUACAUGAACCAAAGUACCAAAGCUCAUCAUUGAAAUAUACAACGAAAUAAAGAUUUGAAAAAGAUAAAACUGUA